AUGGAUAAUCAAACCACAGUGCCUUACUUUUUGCUCCUGGAAUUCUCAAAAAAAUGGUAUUUGCAAAUUUUACAUUUCUUUUUAUUCUUAGUGUUAUAUUUGUCAACUAUAACAGCAAAUCUUCUCAUCAUCUCCGCAGUAGCUAUAGAUAAUCGACUUCAUAGUCCCAUGUACUGGUUUCUAAUGAAUUUGGCUGUUCAGGACCUGGGCUCAGUUUCUGUUAUUGUCCCAAAAUCCAUAGUGAAUUCUCUCAUGGACACCAGACACAUCUCUUACUUAGGAUGUGUGGUUCAAGUCUUUCUCUUUGUCUCAUUUGCAGCUUCUGAUUUCUCCCUCCUGACAGUAAUGGCAUAUGAUCGGUAUGUUGCCAUUUGCCAUCCACUGCACUAUGAGACGGUGAUGAAUUGGAAAGCUUGCACUGAAAUAAUGAUUCUGGUUUGGGUUGCCAGCCUUCUCUAUGGAACAUUGCAUACUACUGGCACUUUUUCAAUCCUUUUUUGUUCUAAUGUUGUCAACCAAUUUUUCUGUGAAAUUCCACAACUGCUAAAACUAUCCUGCUCUGGUUUCAAUCUAGUUGAGAUUGGAGUUAUUGUGGUCAGUGUCAUUGUAGGAAUAGGUUGUUUUACUUUUAUUAUCAUAUCUUAUGCUAUGAUCUUCAAGGCAGUGCUAAAAAUUCCUUCUGAACAAGGGAGGCAAAAAGCUUUAUCAACCUGUAUUCCUCAUCUUACAGUAGUGCUUAUUUUUUUAUUAACUGGAUUUUUUGCCUAUUUGAGGCCCCCCUCUAACACCCCAUCUUACUUAGAUUUUGGGUUAACUGUUCUGUAUUCCCUUCUUCCACCUCUGUUCAAUCCAAUCAUCUAUAGCAUGAGAAAUAAGAAUAUCAAAUUUGUCCUUUCUAAACUCUUGAGAUUCUAA